CAGAGCCGGAGGAGGGAGCAGGGAGCACGUAGUACCGAGGAACUACUAUUUGUUUUUCAUUUCCAAUUUCGCCACAUAUGGAGAGAAUUCUUCCACCGAUGGAGCCCAGGUGUAAUGAGAGGUGGAUUUCGACCUGCCACGGUGCAAAGGGAGAAGUGCAGAAGGCCAAAGCCCCCGAGGGAGGAUGUUGUGGGUAGCCGGGUUGGGGUUAACGGUUCACUAUUCACUGUCUGCUCUCUGUGCUCACACACAGAUAACGCACUGGUUACCCAGUGACAUGGCUGUCACUCUUGACUUUGAUCCUACACCCACAUGUUACCAUUAGGAGGACUAAUCGUGUGUAUUUCACCCUGGUAGCCAUAGAGCUUUAUGUCGUCUGCUUUCUUUUGCGAAAGAAAAAACCCAUAGUGCUUCAUGGAUCAUAGUGAAAUCAAUUUGUGUGCACAGUUCAAAGUAUUAAACACCCAACAAAUAAAUAGCAUUGACUUUGCUUAACCAAAAAUAUGAGAUGAGGACAUAUUUCUUCAUAAUGCUUUUAUAAAAUGAUUUUGUUGACUGUACUUUGAAAUCACAACUCACUAUUCCUAUUACUGAGAACAAGCUUAUUAGUGCAGCUUUCGGCCACUUUGCGUCCUGAGCCAACAGCUGUUCGCGUCGUUUUUUUGUGGUGAGGGUAAGUUAACUAUUAAUCUGAUCUUCACGUUAUGGUUACAUCAGCGAGAACGAAACGAAGCCGACGAAAAGCCCCUGAAGGCAUCACCGUCAGUGGGAACAAUAAUAUAGCUGCGGAACGAGUGUUCUUGCAAGUGCGGCGGAGGGACGGGCAUCGCAGUUGCACCAAAUAAUAUCCGGCUAAGUAUUUCAUAUUACAUAUUCUGUAGGGAAUAUUGAAUAUCAAGCGCUGUAUGUGACAUGCCAAAUACGACAAAUGGACAACAACGUUGUGGUCGCGGCAUCUGAGAGGAUCGACUGGGGAGGAAGCAGAGCGGAGGACGGCACGAUUGUAACCGCGACCGAAACCCCAUCCAGCAACGUCCACGCCGGUCUCCCCAACCCGUCCACGGGCCCCGUGAGAUGUUCUCUGAUAAAAGGAGACUACUUCUACUUCCAUUACGGCUGCGAUGGGCAGGACGACAGGGGCUGGGGCUGCGGCUACCGCACCGUGCAGACGAUGGCUUCCUGGCUGUGCCGCAGCAGCAGCUGUCCGCGCAUCGGGGACAUGCAGCGCGCCCUGGUGACCGUGGGGGACAAACCGGCCUCGUUCUCGGGCUCCAGGGAGUGGAUCGGAACGGUCGAAGCCGCCCUGAUCCUCGACUGUUACUACGGCGUGCCCUGCAAAGUGGUGCACGUCCGAGGUGGGGAGGCAGAGCUGGAGCAAGUCGCCGCGGAGGAGCUCCACCGGCACUUCGAGGAGCACGGCUCCCCCGCCAUGAUGGGCGGGGACAGGGACAAUUCUUCUAAGGGGAUACUGGGGGUGUGCACCGGGGACAACGGGAGCUGGCUGCUCGUCGCGGACCCGCACUACUACGGAGGUCCGCUGGAGAAGGGCGAGCUGCAGAAGCGCGGGUGGGUGGCGUGGAGAAGCGUGUCCUCCCUGCACCCGUCCUCGUUUUAUAACCUGUGUUUGCCUCAGACUGCCGGCAAACCUUUCUGUCCCCUGCGAUCUGACGGUCCAUCGUGAGGACGAGCGACGGAGUUGUUGGGACAGACUUUGUAAUGUAAGGGAAUGGCAUCCUGUGGAUGAAAUCAAUAGCUACAACGUAUAUGAAGAAUAUAUUGAUUGAUGAUGAUAUUUAUAUAUAUAUAUAUGGUCGGACGACAGAUUCAGUAAUAUCUCCCUUUAGCCCUCUAAGCGCAUGCAGUCUAUAGGAAGUGGAAAAACACACCAGUCAGACACAUUUUCUCACUCAAUUCAAAAAAUGUCUCAACUUUUGACUGGUGCUGUGUAUAUAUUUAACUUGUAUAUUAUGUGGUUUGUAUUCAUUUUGUAUGUAUUAAAGUGUCCAUCUGUAAAUUUGCAAAUUA